AUGCAGCCCUCCACCCACAAACCCAUGUACUCCAUGGUGCAUGUCUCCGCUGGUCCAUCGGAUCCGUAUUCUCUAGGAAAGCGCUGUCGUGGAAGACAGUGCAACCUUUCACUCGAAGCGGGAUGGAGACACAGCCUCUGUCAAUUAUGUAUGAUGCGCCAGCGCGAGGCCAAUAAGAUGCCAAAGAAGAGGCAGACAGAGGAGCGCGCACAAGUCGCUGUGCAUAGAGCGCCCCAUCGUGACCGGGGGGCUAUCUUCGCGCCUUCAUCGGCACCUCCUCCACCGCCAGCACCGCACCCCCCAACGACGUCCUGCUAUUUCUGUAAAGCUCUCAUAUUCAUACCUUCAGCGCACGGAUCCGGCCCACUCGUAUGCGAGACAUGUUACAAGCGGGAAAUGACACGGCAGCGGCAAGCGCCAGAGUACGCCCUUCCCCCUCUUCAUGCCUCAUGCGUCCCAUCGCAACCUCUGCCUCAUGCCUCUCAUGUCCUGUCGCCUCCCGUUCUACCCCAUAUUCCCGUGCUCCCACCGUCGUUUACGACCUUGAACUUGCCAGGCCCGUCUGGUCCACGUUCACAGACGCAGAGGGGCCCUGCACCUGUGCAUGAGUAUGCCCGACGUCCGUUCGUGGGCGCGAACCCGACCGUAGAGCACCUGAAGGGCUUCAGGGAGGAGUCAAUUUUUGCCCCAACGCGGAUAGCCCGCUCUGCGCGCGCAGAAGAUUUCAAUGUGCCGACACGGCAGAUACCAGCCUCAGAUGCGCAAAGUGCAAGCGGUGUUCGUCAAACGCCUCCCGACCCUGAUCCCGAUGCCAUGGACCUGGACGAUCUUGAGCUCGCCUAUCCUGAGGACGGAACCGAUGCGGAACCGAAUGGCCUCACAACUCUGGAGAGCACCCUUGAGAGUCCAUCUCCCAUGACCGGGUUUGCAAACGAUCGAUCCAGAUUAUACGCCGUGCCAGAUGGAUGGAGCAGUAUGUCCGACUUGACAGUGCUCUCCGAUAGCGACGACGACGACGACGACGACGACAGCGAGGUCAGCUCGGAUCCAGACGACGAGCCCUUAGCUACCAAGUCUCAAAAAUCUGGUCUGAAAAUCCGCAUCCGGAUACCCGCUGGAUUCUCGUUCGAUACCCUGCACGACGAUAAGACCAAGGCAACAACGCGCAUAUGUGGGAUCAAGACAUGUCAAAAUGUGCUGACGCCCGAAUCGCGUUGGAAACUAUGCGACCCUUGUCGAAACAAGUUUCGACACUAUCAGCGCCAGCGGCUCAAUAUCCAGCGACCGAGGUUAUAUUUAGAGCAGAAGCAUAGUGACGAGUUAGACGUAAGUCGGAAUCAGGUAAACGCCAUUUGUAUUUUAUACUUCUCGACCAACUUUAUUUACCCAAACUUAUCGCGACUUGUAGCAUACAAGCCAGGAUGUUCAGACAUCAUCGGCCUGCGCUUCUGCUCUAUGCGGACCUGCCGUAAAGCGCUGCCGCCGCUCAAUAAUUACAAAUGGAAGAUGUGUGAGUCGUGUCGGAUGCACUCUCGCUUCCAGCAAAAGCGGCGUCGUGCGAUCGGCCUGCUGCUCCCUGAGGGUGACAAUGAACCCAAGGGUGGGUUUGCGCGGCAUAUCAUCGAUCAGUACGAGAAGCAGAAGGCGAGGCGGAAGAGAUUUGGAUCUGAUCAUGGAGAAAAGGAGGAAGACGUCGAUGCAGUAGUUCCUCCUCAAGCUGGAAAACCGGACGUGGGUGAUGAAGUCCGAGCGACGUGUUUGGUGAAGCCUGCACCCGACAAGUCAGAUCCGUAUGGGCCUACAUCCUAUCAAGACCUUUCUGAGCUCCUGGAAACGCUACAUGAGUACCUCACCGGGUUUCUCCGCGCGCAGAUUCGUUACAUCGGCGUGAAGAUGAAAGGCGGGGUCUUGAACGGCCCUCUCGAACCAUUCAUCUUCGCGUUCGACGGCGAGUACUCGAUCGUUACGGGUGCUGCGAUCGAGAGCGAAGUGACAAUGUUGGAGGUGUUUGCCCUGAGACAGCACGUUCAGGACGUGCUUGCUUUGGAUUUCAAGCCUGUUGGUAUGCCCAUGGUCAAGGGCGGCGAACUCGUUGUUAACUUUGGAUGCUUACAGUCCUUUGUGCUGCCGAUAUCAGGGGUCCCAGUAGGAGUCAGAAAAACAGAAGAUGAGAAACAGCACAUCAAACGGUCCACACCGCCUGCCACUACUUCCCCUGCUUCAGCUCCCGCCAUUGCCACACCUGACCCCGCUCUUGCUCCUACUGCCUCCCUCGCCUCUCCCGCCGUUUUGGCUCCCCCUGUUCCCAUCUCCCCGGAUCCCACACCUUCCAUCACUCGCAACAUGGCAGGUGAAAUCGAGGUCCGAGUUACUGAGGAUCGUCGACACCGUUUCUUCCCCGGCCACCGAACAAUUGUGCGCUUCCGCCUGGUGGGAUAG